AUGCAACAGCUUACCGACGAUCAGCUGAAGCAAGGCGAUCCAAAUCCCAACCUGGAGUACACUGCAGUUGGCAGGCCUCAAAUUUCCAUCAUGACCAUAAGCGGGAACGAUGUUGGCUUCUCGACUGUGAUCAAUAAUUGUGUGAUCCAACUAUUGUCAGUAGUCGAUUGCGACACUACGCUCGCCAACGUCGCUAGUCAGAUUGACAGCCAGGGCUUCCAGAACUCGCUCAUCGACACUUUCACACAUGUCCUCGCAGCUGGACGGCAAGCCGAGGGAGCUACUCCACCAGAGUCUUUUCAGGUAUACGUUGCGGGAUACGUUCAAUUCUGGAAUGACGAUGACCCAGGCUGCAAUGAUGUUUCUUACAACUUCUGGGGGUUUUCAACACCGAAGUUGACGACUGAUGUGCGCCAUCGCAUGAAUGUUCUUGUGGAUCGACUCAACGCAAAGAUAAAAUCGGUCGCAAGGCAGAUGUCUGGCCUGGGCGUGAUAUACGUGGAUGGCUUCCAAUCAUCAUACGAUACCCAUCGCUUCUGUGAGCCAGCGCCGCGAAAUUAUCUUUCAAAGCCUGUCGGGAAGGACACUUGGUUUUGGCACCACCUGUCUGAUGACUUAGAGACAGGAGGUGAAGGUCCCGACACUCCAUCGACUGUCGAGGAAUCAAAUGGCCUCCGAGAGCUGCUGCUGGAUUACCUCAUGCCUGACAAGAGCCAGCAAGCCCUUAUGACCGCUUCCAACCCGCCGUCCGCUAUCAACGCAGAGGCAUUCGGCAACGAGGAAGCAUUUUAUGCCGCCAUUGAUAAAGCAACUGGCGACAAUGCGACCGCGAAGGCGUGGCUCAGCGAGAAUUUCCGGCGAAUGUUCCAUCCCAAGGGAUCUGCCUAUGCACCUUACGCCACUUCAUUCAUGGAUGUAAUCAAGGCGAACCGUGAUCUCGCGGGGUCAUCAUUGACAACACCGGCAGGCCCUCCAGCGCCAUCCCCAUCACCGUACGCUGGCGGUGUCUGCAGUUUCCACAUGGCCGAGAAUGAGGCCCCUUGCGUCUCGCAGUCCGAAGAUUUCUCCGCCUCCAUCUUGCUCAAGGACAACUCGGAAGCUGAGAUAGGCAACACGAAGGGCUUUGCAAGCAUCGAUGCCAACAACCCGCUGUAUCUAGAUAGCAAGCUUCUCGAACCCCUGGCCGUCACAGGAGAGCACCAAGGCGACUAUGUACAGUUCACUUAUGGACGUAUCUCUUGGACCAACAAGACUCCCAUGAUGAACGGUACUGUCACGGUAGCACACUGCAAUAAUGGUGGUUGGGAUCCCAGGGAAGGACCAUCUUGCGGCCGGAUCUCGCAAAAGGCGCAGAGGAACAUGGAUUGCUUUUUUCAAUGCUGA